UAAGACUGAUUCACAUUGGUUAAUGUUUGUCAAACAGGAUAAAUAUAUUAAUCUCAUAUCUUCUUGAAAUUACCUAAUGUUAGAUCACAUUGUACAAUAACGCUUCUUAAUAACCGGUUAUUUUGUGCAUUUGUCAUAUACGUAUCACCAUUUUGUUAGUUAAAUAUAUCAGAAUGUGUAAAAAAGAUUUGUAAUUUCGGAAGGAACAAUUACAAAUAGACAUUUACUGUGAAAUAUGUAUGUGUUUGUUGAUCUGUUUGUUCUUUGGAUUGGACUUUUUACAGCCAUGACAGAAGGCACCUGUUCUGACAAUCUGACAGCACUAUCCAACAUGCCGCUUCGUCAACCAAGUAGGCUUCUGGGAGAGAAUGGAAAUCCUGGCAUCAGUGAUAAUAAUCUGAACUAUGAGUGGUACAGUGUUGUACAUAAUGGAUGGCAAUUUAUAAUGAUUGACUCGACGGAUAAGCCCUACUAUACCAACUGUUCUACAUACUAUCCAGUUUACUUAAGAGAUAAACAUCCACCGGUUAAUACAUUAAACGAAGUACCUGUAGAUGUUGUGGCCUGCAAACGUGAUUAUUUUUAUCCCUGUGAUAUCAAGCAUCAAGUGAAGAUAAGGAAAUGUGGAGAUGAAAUACAGUAUUAUCUGCCUCCAACAAAGGCCUCCAGUGCAUUCUGUUUCAGAAAUUACUCCAAACUUUUCAAUACCCAUAAUAUUGCUGAUGUUAAUCUUGGAGACAUUGGAAUUGCACCAGAGCUAAAAUUCACAGAAAAAACCUCACCUCUAGCUGGAGAAACUGUCAAUUUUAACCCAUAUUUUCAGUUCAAAUGUUCAUUCAACGUACAAGAAGGCUAUUUGUAUAAAGUCAACUGGUAUGUCAACGGGGACCUUCUUGUUUCAUAUGGUCCAACAACAGAAAUAAAUGAGCUGCUUUUUCACGAGAGCGUACUUGAGGACAAUUCGAUAGACAUGGGCUUCACUAUUUAUUGUGGCGUCAGUGCUCUAACUUCUGAUGGUAUGGAUGCCGGGGUAACAGAUACGGUGUUUAGUAAAAGCUAUUACGCGGGUAUAAAAAUUUCCAGUACAACCAUCUACAUUAAUAAAGGCGAUACAGCCGUGGUUCAAAUGACAACAACUGUACCAAUAGGAUGCAGAUAUAAUGAACCAUCCGUCAUCAAUACAGACGAAGAAUGUGUUGAGAAAUUCCAAAUAUUUAAUCAAGAUGCGUUUCAAUGCAACAAGGCUGGUAUACUAAAUCAUUUAAUUCAACCAAACCAACGAUGUUCUAAUGGUUUCCAGACGCUGAAAAAGGGAUCAAUUUGGAACCCUGACACAGUGUUCAACUUUGAUAUAGUAACAACCGACAUAAACUAUGACGACAAACGAUUAUUUUACCUGUUAUUACAAUUUCCCACCGAUACAAUGGGUCAUCGGAUAUGGAGGAAUUAUAAUUUCCCUCUGAUUAAGGUUAUUGUAUCUGACAAUGAAGAAUACGAAAACAAGAUAUGCUAUUCUAAAUUGGAUCCAAGUAUGAGAACUGCCGAUGGGUCAUACUUCUUCCAGAAUCUAAAGAAUAACCGGCCUUUUCCGGGUGUAUUCAUGAUGUAUAAUAACACGAAAUAUGGAAUCGAGGUUCAAGAACAAACUAAAACCUGCGGAUGGGCAACAUGCGCUUGCGGUGUUGCGAUACGAGCUGGUAAAGAUGUUUUCAUGAUAAAUAAAUGUGGAAGUAUUAACUAUCUUGGCUUUACCAAAUGCGGAGAUGGUGGAAUUUUACAAGUAGUAAGGAUGGACGAUAACAAGUACGAUGUGUUCACACCGAUUGGUACUAAAAUAACUAUAACAAUAUUUGAUAAAGGCCAAAUGAACAUUGUCAUAACGAUGGCACCUAAAGACUUGUAUAACAUUGAGGGAUUGUGUGGACAGUUCGAUAAUAAUACAACAAACGAUUUUCGUCACAAAGACGGAACUGUAUCAGAACAAAAUUACAUAAACUAUAUGAAUAAUUAUGCAGACUUUACAGAAAGCUGGAGUUUAACUUCUGAAGAAACAAAACCACUCAACUUAUUUCUAACUGGUGAACGAGAAUUAAAAAGCUGGAAUGAUCUGAAUGGUAUGUUUUGUGUGUGCGCAAGUGCAAUUCGGGUAGCGGAAGCAGCAUGCUAUUCGACCCAAUAUUUGAAUUGCACAAUGAGCAAAUCAAUAACUAACACUAAAUGUAAUGUUCCAAGCAGAAGAAAAAGAGGUGCUGAUGGACACUAUAAAGAUGAUAGAGAAUUAGAAAGAUUAUUACGGUUAAUGACACCAACAGAUUCGCUUAAAGAAAAAACGAGGUUCAAGCGCCAGGACAUCGGCAGUAACAUUAUAUCGGAAACAGCAGCUACAACUUUGUGUAAAGACAAAAUAUUAGGAAGUUUAGCGGUACGAAACUAUUCGGAAGUCAGCGGCAAUGAAGAUCCGAACGAACUCAUAAAACAAUGUGCAAAUGAUGUGGUGGCUGCAAACGAUACGUCAUGGGCUGCAGCGCAUGUAGAUUCGCUUAAUAAUAUUGUAAAGAACAUAAUAGAACGUGAACCAUCAUACGUUAUCAAUAACUCUGAAAAGGUUGUUACUUUUUAUAAACAAACAUGCCCAGGAAACUGUAGCAACAACGGUAACUGCACAGACACAAGUGAGUGUGAUUGUUUUGGAUUUUUCCACGGGGCAGAAUGUGACAUAGAUGAACGAGAUCCUUUGAAUAUAGACGAUGUGGAAGGUGGAGGAGAAUGUGAUCUGUCUGAUGGUGACGAAUGUUUAUGUUUCCAUGUCAGAUCUUCGAGUAUUCUUAAAGGAUUUAAAUGCCAGAGCAAUGUUUCUAAGAUAACAGUCAAUGGUGAAAGGGAGCUUGUUGCAACAAGGUUUCAUACGGGUGGAUAUGAGGAUAUCUAUACUGGGGUGUGUUGUGUUCAAGACAACAUUAUUGGUACCAAAGGUGUAUUUGUAACGAAGUACGAUUUUGCCAUAAGCAAUAAUGGUAAAGCAUACGGAAAUGAUAAAAGCGUUUACGUGUUCGACUCAACUUGUCAAGAUGCAGAAUUUACUUCUUUCGAAAACGCUUCCUUCAGAUUAAAGACUGGAUUCUGUUUCAUCGAUGGGUUUUGUGCAGUACAAAAUGUGAUGUCUCCAGUUGGAUGUUUAGCAUGUCAGCCUUUUGUUGAUUUGUACGAUUGGACAGUAUAUAAUCCAUGCCUGAAUGAAGGUUAUUGUACCGACGAAUCCAACGGCUAUAAAUGUGUUUGCGUUGAUGGAUAUGGUGGGAAGAAUUGUGAACUCGAUAUAGACGAAUGUCAGUCAGAUCCGUGUAAAAAUGAUGGGACUUGCAUCGAUCAUUUAAACGCUUACAGUUGUUCUUGUGUUGAUGGCUUCACUGGUUAUAACUGUGAAACAAAUAUAGACGAAUGCAUGCCCCAACCAUGUAACAACGGAGGUACCUGCACGGACCAUGUCAAUGGGUACACCUGCGCCUGCGUUGAUGGAUAUUUUGGAGUCAACUGUUUAGCUAAUAUCAAUGGAUGUUCAAGCAAUCCAUGCAUGAAUGGCGGAAUUUGUAAAGAUAUUGUCAAUGAAUACGAAUGCAUUUGUGCUCCUGGAUUUGAAGGACCUAACUGUAUAAAUAAUAUAAAUGAAUGUACAUCUGACCCUUGCAAGAAUGGUGGCACCUGUCAGGAUCUUGUAAAUAGAUACGAAUGUACAUGUGUUGCUGGAUAUAAUGGAUUAAACUGUGAUAAUAAUAUCAAUGAAUGCUCAAGCAACCCAUGUAAGAAUGGCGCUACAUGUACGGAUCUUGUCAAUGGAUAUAAGUGUACAUGUGUGCAAGGAUACUACGGCUAUGAGUGUGCUAAUGACAUAAAUGAGUGUUCAUCUUACCCUUGUUCGAAUGGUGGCACCUGUAAGGAUCUUGUAAAUGGAUACGAAUGUACAUGUGUUGCUGGAUAUUAUGGAUUAAACUGUGAUAAUAAUAUCAAUGAAUGUUCAAGCAACCCAUGUAAGAAUGGCGCUACAUGUACGGAUCUUGUCAAUGGAUAUAAGUGUACAUGUGUGCAAGGAUACUACGGCUAUGAUUGUGCUAACGAUAUAAAUGAGUGUUCAUCUGCCCCUUGCAAGAAUGGUGGUACCUGUAAAGAUCUUGUAAAUAGAUACGAAUGUACAUGCGUUGCUGGAUAUGAUGGGAUAAAUUGUGAUGAUAACAUCAAUGAAUGUUCAAGCAGCCCAUGUAAGAAUGGCGCUACAUGUACGGAUCUUGUCAAUGGAUAUAAUUGUACAUGUGUGCAAGGUUACGACGGUUAUGAUUGUGCUUAUGAUAUAAACGAAUGUAAACCCAAUCCCUGCAAAAAUGGUGGAAGCUGUCAGGAUCGUGUAAACGGAUUCACGUGUACAUGUAUGGCUGGUUACUUUGGUAUUUAUUGCUCGACAGAUAUUAACGAAUGCCAAACAAAUCCAUGUGAGAAUAAAGGAACGUGUGAGGAUAAAGUAAACGGCCGGAUAUGUUACUGUAAAGAUGGCUAUGAGGGUACAAACUGUGAAAUAGAUAUCAAUGAAUGCUCAAGCGAUCCAUGCAUUAAUGGCGGAAUUUGUAAAGAUCUUGUCAAUGAAUACGAUUGCACGUGUGCUCCAGGCUUUGAAGGACCUAACUGUAGAAAUAAUAUCAAUGAAUGUUCAAGCAACCCAUGCAAGAAUGGUGGUUCAUGUACAGAUCUUGUCAAUGGAUAUGAAUGCACAUGCAUGCCCGGAUACAACAGCAAAGUGUGUGAUAAUGAUAUAAACGAAUGCGAAACAAAUCCAUGUGAGAAUAAAGGAACGUGUGUGGAUAAAGUUAACGGCCGGAUAUGUUACUGUAAAGAUGGCUAUGAGGGUACAAACUGUGAAAUAGAAAUCAAUGAAUGCUCAAGCAAUCCAUGCAUUAAUGGCGGAAUUUGUAAAGAUCUUGUCAAUGAAUACGAUUGCACGUGUGCUCCUGGCUUUGAAGGACCUAACUGUAGAAAUGAUAUCAAUGAAUGUUCAAGCAACCCUUGCAGGAAUGGUGGAACAUGUACAGAUCUUGUCAAUGGAUAUGAAUGCACAUGUGUGCCCGGAUAUGACGGCAAAGUGUGUGAUAAUGAUAUAAACGAAUGCCAAACAAAUCCAUGUGAGAAAAAAGGAACCGUGUGAGGAUAAAGUGAACGGCCGGAUUAUGUUACUGUAAAGAUGGCUAUGAGGGUACAAACUGUGAAAAAG